CGAAAAUUCAACACGUAAACCUAGUGUUUGAUAAUUUAAACUCUAAAUAACACUGAAUGUUUUCAAUAAUAAAGAUAUGAUCGAGGAUGAUCAGACUGUCACGAUGGAAACAAGAUAUUGGAAUAGGACUGAGAAGAAGCAGUGGAUGAUCGGCUUAUUCUGGGGAUGUGCUACUCUGUACUCAUGUCGGACAGUCAUGCCACUGGUGGCUGUACCCAUGUCCAAGGAACUGGGUUGGGACAAAACAGAAUCGGGUUCAGUCUUGUCAGCUUUUUUCUGGGGCUACACAAUGACCCAGUUUCUUGGUGGAUAUCUCAGCGACAGAAUUGGCGGUGAUGUGGUCAUACCCAUAGCAGCUUGUUGCUGGUCACUGGUCACUUUUUGGACUCCCCAGCUGGUGUAUUUAUUUGAGGACAAGAUUCUUACGCUGAGGCUUGUUAUACUAUCUAGGGUAUUGCUUGGAGUUUUUCAGGGAUUUCACUACCCCGGUGUUAGUUCAUUAAUAUCCCGGAAGAUUCCAGAACAAGAUCGUUCGUUUACAUUUGCUGUAGUAUGCUCUGGUACCCAACUGGGGUAAGGCUUUCUUAACUCUUUUUGUGGCAGUGUAGGUUCGUUCAUAUUAGAGGUGUAUGGUUGGGACUCCGUGUUUUAUUUCUUAGGUUUGCUAGGAAUGCUAUGGAUGUUAUGUAUGCGCUAUUUCUUGAUACACCGUCACCGCCAGAAAUACCUCCCAUUCGUAUCCAUAGAGAGGAAGCCUCCCCCUCCAUCCGCCAUCAACGCCCCAACACCAUGGGUCACACUCUUCUUUAAACCGGCUUUCUGGUCUCUUUUAGUUGGCCACUUUUGCGAGAACAAUGCAUUUUUCAUUCUGUUGUCAUGGUUACCCACAUAUUUUCAUGAAAACUUCCCUGAUGCCAAGGGCUGGGUGUUCAAUGUGGUACCCUGGUUGAUAACCAUUCCUAGUUCAAUAUUCGGAGGUUGGCUGGCUGACCUUAUGAUAACUAAAGGUUGGAGUGUUACAUUUGUUAGGAAGCUUAUGAAUACUAUCACGAUGUUGGGCUGUGCCUUCUUUCUUGUGAUAAUCUCGUACACUAGCUCAUACGUUGGUGCACUCACCUGCAUGGCCUGUGCGGUGGCGUGCUGUGGGUUCCACAACAGUGGCAUUCUAGUCAACCCGCAGGACAUUGCGCCAAAACAUGCGGGAUCAGUGUUCGGGAUCAUGAACAUGGCGGGUGCCAUCCCAGGGUUCAUUGGUGUCUACAUGGCGGGGCAUAUCCUAGAGGCAACCAAGAGCUGGAGUGCAGUGUUCAACCAGACGGCAGGGGUUGCAGUGUUUGGGUGGAUCGUGUACACAAUCUUUGGAACUGGCAAACAGAUCAUUUAACCAAGAGAUCAAUCACAAAUUCAACUUCCCCGGUUGUCUCGUCUGGGACACCAACCAGCUUUCUCAAAUUUACAAAUUGAUGGAUAAUAUUGUGGCCGGAAUGAUUUUGUGUGCUUAGAGUGGUACCAUUUAUAGUGGAGAUGUGGAAUUAGACAGUUGGAUAAUUAUGUGGGUGAAACGAUUAGGUGCAUGACAUUAAAAAAAGGAGUGCUUCUGUUUAUAAUGGAGAUAAUGAAUUAAAUGGUUGGAUAAUGAUUUGGGUGAAAAUUGUUAUUUGGAAACUCAUUUAACCAGAGAUUGAUCACAAAUUACAAAAUGAUGGAUAAUAAUGUGGAUCAAAUGAUUUUGUUUGUGAAGACUUUAUAAUAGAGUGCUACUGUUAACUCUUUCAGUGCUGGAACCGUAUUUUGAAGGCCUUUGCAAACAGUUUAGAUCUAGAUGAGACGCCACAGAAUGUGGCGUCUCAUCAGGAUUCAAACUGUUUGCUUUUCUGAUAGUAUUCUUUGUAGAAAAAAAUCGAAGAAAAUGCUAAUUUUAGAAAUUCAGCAGACGACAUUUUGGCAGACGACAAAUUUUCCAGCAUGCAAAGGGCUAAAAGUGGUAGUAAUGAAUCAAACAUAGUAGUUGUAAUGUAUUUUUAUUAGACCAGUUUGAUAGUGUGUGAGGAACAUUUUCAAGUGAAAACUUCAACAAUAGAGGUGCUUUAAAAGAGAGAUGUGGAAUUAAAGUGAUUGGAUAAGAAAGUUGAUGAAAUAAUUUUGUGUUUGAAGAGUGCUAAUGUACAUAAUGUAGAUACAGAAUUUUUUUAUCAUAAUGUUUUUGAAAAAUUCAUGUGAAAACUUUAAAAUAAAGAGUGCAACUUUAAAAUAGUGAUAUUGAAUUAAACUAAUUAGAUAAGAAUGUGGAUGCAAUUAUUUUGUGUGGAUUCUUUAAUAUAAGCGCUUUUUAAAUAUUGAAGUAAAAUUGUCAAAACUUUUCCCUUAAAAAGGGCUACUUUAAAUACUCAUACCUGUAUAUGAAGAAAUGUGUUUUACAGUGUUUCAUAAUAUUUUAAUAUCUGUCAUUUGUUGACAUUCCAUAUCAUGUUUUAUCUAAAUUAUAGGAAUUGUGUAAUUAAACUUGAUAGUGUGCCAUUAUCAUUUGGAUGAAUUAUUGUGUUCAAUGAGAAGGAGUUAAAUCUGGUAUUACAACAUGGGUUUUAGAACGAAAAACAAAACACAUCUCAUUUGAUCAAAUCGUUUGAUAAAUCCUAAACACGUUUAUCUGACAUAACGUCAUUUCUUUAAUAAAACUGUAUCUUUGUUUUAAACAAUCAUUUUGAUAUGGGACCAAUAAAUUUGCUGAAAUUGAUAUGGACAAUCAAUGAAAACUUUGUUUAAUAAUCAUGUUAUCUGCAUGUGUGGUUGAGAAUUCAUUGCCGUUCUGUUUCCCCUCCGGCCACUCUAGCUGACGGUAAUUUCAGCCGUGCUUGUACUUGUGCAGUUUAUUGCUUCUUUUUAGUUCAAAAGCAGUUUAUUGCCUUCUUUUUAGUUCAAAAGCUAAA